AUUCUGGGUAACAGAAAAGCAACAUGGCGAACGAAUUUUAUUUGCGUUAUUACGUUGGACAUAAAGGAAAAUUUGGACACGAAUUCCUCGAGUUCGAGUUCAGACCUGAUGGUAAAUUGAGGUAUGCUAAUAAUUCCAACUACAAGAAUGAUGUCAUGAUCAGGAAAGAGGCUUUCACACACAAGGCUGUGAUUGAAGAACUGAAGAGGAUAAUUGAGGACAGUGAGAUUAUGCAGGAAGAUGAUGCACUCUGGCCACAACCUGACAGAGUAGGGAGACAAGAGUUAGAGAUAGUCAUGGGUGAUGAACACAUCUCAUUUACUACCAGUAAAAUAGGAUCACUCAUUGAUGUCAACCAGUGCAAAGAUUCUGAAGGCCUUCGUACAUUCUAUUAUCUAGUCCAAGAUUUAAAGUGUUUAGUGUUUUCUUUAAUUGGACUCCAUUUUAAAAUCAAACCCAUCUAAAUCUUUCAAACAGUCUUACCAUUUUUUUUAUAACUUUAAGACCAUCAUAAUGUAAUCUUGCAUCCCUCACUUUGAAGUGUUAUGGUUUACAAAGAUCAUUGCUGGUGAUACAAUGUAUUGCAGUGUGGAGAUCCAUUAAAGAAAGACAACCUUGUUUGCAGAAUAAAAGUAAAAGUAUGGUAAAAACCAGAGUCUACAAAGUGAAACUGCACUCUCAUUGGUAUUCGUGAUGAAUUAUUACCAUUUUGAUAAUAUUACUUACUUUGUUUUUAAUUUGAAUUUCUAUUUCAGUGUAUGUCUAAUUACAAUUAGGUUAAAACAAAUUAAAACAUAUAUAGCACUUACAGUUUUCAGUGAAACCAAAUUCUUGUUGACUGAAGUGUAAACUAUGGUAGACUCUGUUAUGAGGUUAAAACCAUGUUCAAGUUAAACUGAUAUGACCAACUUUUUUCUUGUAAUAUAUAUUUGACUAGUGAAGAGAAAUGCAGAUAUGUGAUCAUAGUGAAACCUGUCUAAACUGAACCAAAAAGCUUUUUAAGGACAUAUUUUAUACACGCAUUUAUGGAUAAUGGCCCAGAAGAAUGCUUGGUUUAGACAUGUUUCUCCACAUUUAUUUUUCAGUAUUUGAUUUGAUGUACCUUUGUAUUAUUUUGGCAAGUUUGCCUUUCUAUAUCUAAAUUGUACUUCAAGGUGUCUAUCCAGUUGAAACCAAAGCCAAGGCUAAAAGAGUACCGUUAAAUCUGUGUUAGAAGCUGCAUUCCUAAUAGAAUUCACACCCAUUCUUUUUGAACAAAUGAAAGCAAAAAUCAUUUUUCAUAUGUGUAGAUGCUCUAUAGAAACCACAUGCCCUCUAUUGAUUUGUACCAUUUUAAUAGAACCAACAGCUUCUAAUACAGAUUUUAUAUUAAUUUAAACAAAUGUUGUAUAAUUUUUACUGCCAUUUUGUGUUAAAAGUACUGGAACUUCUCCAUUGCCCUAUUAAUGUAUGAUACACUGUAGCAUAACCUUGGUUAUCUUUGAAGUUGCACAUGUAUCAUUUAUACCCCUGUAUAGUUUUAUUGAGAUCUUUGGACUAUGAUGUUUAACAGUAAUUGUAUUAAGAUCUGGGAAUUGAAAAUGUUUGAUCAAUCAAAAUUUAUCUUGUUUGUAAAACAGUAAUACCCGGUAAUUUGAAGUCCUGUCUACCUAGUAAAGCUUGUUUUACGUUUUCAUUCUGAAUGUGUACCCAAAUGAAAUGCCAUUCUUUCAUACUUUGUCUACACGGCUUUGUUGGAUUUAUGAUAUUAAUCCAAUGUAGCUUCCCUUGUAAAAUUCACACAAUCUUUCUGAAUCUACACAUUUCUAUCACAAUUCAACAGUGAUAACUAUCAUUCUAACAUGCUGAAAAUAAUUUAACAUUCAGUACACAUUUCUCUCAAAUAUGUAAAAUGAUAAUGCCCCAAUAAAGCUAUUUUGAAUGAUUUGAUAAUAUCAGGGUAUUACUUUUUCAGUCAUUAAAUACAAUCCAAGUCAGUAUUCAACUGGUAUCCAUGUAUACAUUUGGCGAUGGAAGAUUUGAUCAUGUAUGGUUCAAAUAAAUCAGUUUACUCUUUUAA